AUGGGGUCAAAAAGCAUAGCAGCCUCUUCUUUAAAGAAGUCCAAAAAACAGCACAGUGGAAAAGUGAAAAAAAGUAAGAAAAUUAAGAAAUCACGGAAGUCAAAGAAGUCCAAGUCUUUGAGCGACGAAAAUGGAGCAGAAGUGAUAUCGAGUCGCAGUGAGCAAGAUAACAAUAAGUCUCCUGACGAUCAUGUCACGGAAGAUGGUAUUCUUGUACUAGAACACAAAUCAGACGAUGAUGAAGGAUUCGAUGAUUAUGAUGGACAUUUUGAUAAUCCUACCGAUAUUCCCUCAACUACUGAAGGAAGUAAAACACCAUUAUUAGGAGUCCAUGGUGAUGAGAAAGAUCUUGCUAACAACGAUGAUUUCAUUUCUCUUUCAGCUAGUUCUGAGGAUGAACACGCCGAACAGGAAGAGGAGAGACAGAAAGAAGAAAAGCAAAAGGAAAUCCUUAAUACUGAUUAUCCAUGGAUUGUGAACCAUGACCAUUCCAGACAAAAGGAAAUUUCUGAUUGGUUAACUUUUGAAAUCAAAGAUUUUGUUGCCUAUAUUUCACCAAGUCGUGAAGAAAUUGAAAUUCGUAAUCAAACUAUAAGUACAAUAAGGGAAGCGGUGAGACAGUUAUGGCCGGAUGCUGAUUUACAUGUAUUUGGCUCUUAUUCUACCGACUUAUAUUUGCCUGGUUCUGAUAUCGAUUGUGUCGUAAAUAGUGAACUUGGUGGUAAAGAAAGUAGAACUAACUUGUAUUCCUUAGCAAGCCAUUUGAAAAAAAACAAUCUGGCAACUGAGAUUGAAGUUGUUGCUAAGGCUCGUGUUCCAAUCAUCAAGUUUGUUGAGCCACAUUCCGGAAUUCACAUAGAUGUUUCGUUUGAAAGAACAAAUGGUCUCGAAGCUGCAAAACUGAUCAGAGAGUGGCUGAACGAUACGCCUGGUCUUCGAGAACUUGUUCUUAUCGUUAAACAGUUUUUACACGCAAGAAGACUAAAUAAUGUGCAUACUGGUGGUCUGGGUGGGUUUAGUAUUAUAUGUCUUGUUUUUUCUUUCCUGCAUAUGCAUCCACGUAUAAUAACUAACGAAAUAGACCCAAAGGACAACCUGGGUGUACUUCUGAUAGAGUUUUUUGAACUCUAUGGGAAAAAUUUUGGUUAUGAUGAUGUUGCACUAGGAUCAUCAGAUGGUUAUCCAGUGUACUUUCCGAAAUUGGCAUGGAGUGCUAUUUUACCUAUUAAGAAUCCGUUUUCAUUGGCUAUUCAAGAUCCAGGUGAUGAGUCAAAUAAUAUCAGUCGAGGCUCUUUCAAUAUUCGAGACAUCAAAAAGGCAUUCGCCGGCGCCUUUGAUUUAUUAACGAAUAGGUGUUUUGAGUUACAUUCAGCAACUUUCAAAGAUCGAUUAGGUAAAAGUAUAUUGGGUAACGUGAUUAAAUAUCGUGGCAAGGCAAGAGAUUUUAAGGAUGAAAGAGGUCUAGUACUGAAUAAGGCUAUAAUCGAAAAUGAAAACUAUCAUAAAAAGCGUAGCAGAAUAAUCCACGACGAGGAAUUUACCGAAGACACAGUUACCUCCACGGCCACAGAUGAUGAUUAUGAGAUAAUAAGACCACCUGCCAAGAAGGCUAAAAUGGAAGUGCUUGAACCAGGAUUUAUAAGCGAACCAUCAAAGGAGAAGAGUGGGGAAACUCAUAUCACUAUAUCGAGCGAGAAUGAUGAUGACGAUGAAGAUGGAUACAAUCCUUAUACUCUUUGA